GGAAAAUUGCACAAUCCGUCAAAGCUCCCUAGCGCGCGGAUCUUUCGACGGCUGCACCAUUAAUUUGGACGGUCGGAAAGAAAGCUGAUGUCAGACCUACUUUCCUGUCCCUGCUUUAAAUACUGCAUUCUUCAUGCCAGUUGGCCGAGCCUGCUGACAGUGGAACAUAUUGCCGCCUCAACAGAAAACGACACCCUUCCUGAGCCUUCAUUGGCCGCUUAGCUGGGAAUAUCAACUGUGGGGCUGGUCAGAAAGAACGAGCAUGUUCAGCACGCGGGCACUCACGCUCCUGUCCUCUGUGUUUGGGGCUUGCGGCCUGCUCCUGGUGGGCGUGGCUGUGUCCACAGACUAUUGGCUGCUGAUGGAGGAGGGCGUGGUUCUGCAGCAGAACCAGAGCAUGGAGGUCAGGAUGGCCCUGCACUCCGGCAUGUGGAGGGUCUGCUUCGUGGCAGGACCUGAAAAGGGGAGAUGUGUAGCAUCGGAAUACUUCACCACUGAAGCUGAGAUAGACAUCGUGACCGAAAACACUGCAAAUAUACUAAAGAUGGUACGGACGGCCACACCGUUCCCCAUGGUUUCGCUGCUUUUCGUCUUCACCGCCUUCGUCAUCAGUAACAUCGGACACAUCCGGCCCCAGCGCACCAUCCUAGCCUUCAUCUCUGGAAUCUUCUUCAUCCUCUCAGGGCUGAGCCUGGUGGUGGGCCUGGUCCUCUACAUCAGCAGCAUCAACGACGAGGUGAUGAACCGGCCACGUGAGCCCGAGCACUUCUUCCACUACCACUACGGCUGGUCCUUCGCCUUCGCUGCCAGCUCCUUCCUCCUCAAAGAGGGGGCUGGGGUGAUGUCAGUGUAUCUCUUCAUGAAGCGCUACGCCGAGGAGGAGAUGUACCGGCCCCACCCAUCCCUCUACCGCCCCCGCCUGUCCGAGUGCAGCGACUACAGUGGCCAAUACCUUCAUCCCGAGUCGUGGCCUCCUCCAAAGAGGGGCCGCAGCGCGUCUGAAGUCUCCAGCGACAUCUCCAUCCAGCUGAACCAGACGCCCCCGCCGCCCAAGGGCAGCUCCAUGCAGCAGCAGCAGGCCCCGUCCUCUGGCCCCUCCUCGGGCGCCAGCUACCAGCCGUCCUCCUCCUCCUCCUCCUACCCCCACCACUCCAUGUCCUCCCACCCCCUCCACUCCAGCCACCACACCAUGUCCUCCCACCCCAGCGGGCCCCCUCCCCAGUCCAUGCCCAUGGCCAUGCCUCCCUCUGCCCAGCCCCCUCCCCGAUACCACCAACACAUGCACAUGAGUGCCUCGCCGUGCUAGAAGGGGGGAGUGAGGGAUGAGGGAGGGAGGGAGGGGAGGGGGGGAUAGACAGAGCAGGGGUUGGCUCUGUCGUACGUCCAACACACAGAGACAGAUGCAAACGCACACACACACACACAUGCACACAUACGUGCACACACAGAAGUGUGGGAGGAGAGAUGGAAGAGGGGAGAAAGGAAGGAUAUUUAGGAGAUCAAGAGAAAGAAGGGAAUAAACGAAGGAAAGAAAACGAGAUGGGUGGAGGAUGAUUCACAAUUGAUGCUGUGCUUAAAAUGAAGACAGAUAUUUUAAAAGAGGGAGAGAGAGAGAGGGAGGGAUAUGAUCAUCAUUUACACAAUAAGAAAAAGAGGGAGGAGGGGGGGGUUUAAUAAGAAAGGGUGAUGCUGUUUCAGAAGAAAAAGAAUUUCGCAUUUCAAGCACUAACACACACAAGAAUCAAGAACAAAUUGUAUAUGCAUAGAGAUUUAUACUUAAACUGUAUAGACAUUUUUCUUUCUCUAAGUCCUGGAAAAACAAAUGUUGAAAUCUUAACCAUGUUUGUCUUUCAUGAGAUGUGUAUUCCUGUAUGAUUAGUUCUAUCAUUUCAUUCAUCGUUUGUAUUUGAGAGGCAAGAAUUGUGAGUACGAAGACGGAAAUCUGAGACAUCUGAAGAUCAUUCAAGAGGGUUCUGUGACUUAUCUGCACAUACUGUAACAUCUCAGAUUCCCCAAGGGUUCCAAAAUUGUUCUUCGGCUUUCCCCAUAGGACAACCCAUUUUGGUUCCAGGUAGAACCCUUUUUUGGUUCCAUGUAAAAUCCUCUGUGAAAAGGGUUCGACAUGGAUUCUAAAAGGGGUCUAGCUGGAACCAAAAGGGUUCUACCUGGAAAGAAAAAGGGUUUUUUCUCCAAUGAGGACAGCUGAAAAAAACCUUUAGGUUCUAGCUAGCAUCUUUUGUGUGUGUGUGUGUGUGUGUGUAUAAAUGUCCAGGUCAUAGGCUUCAGCAUCCAUAAAAAAACACUUGAAUUGUUGUUUCAUGUUUUUGACUAAAAUGCCAUGGUAACAAAGAAAAUCCAGAACUUUCCAACAUUUAGAAAUAUUUAUUUCUGAGAAUAUAAAAAAAAAGCACCCAUUUUACUACGAAGAAUGAGAGCCUAUUUGCAGAUUCCAUGAGACAUAUGAUCCUCCUUUGAUUGCUAAUUAGCUUGAGUGUUCAUAUUCUGUAGCACAUGGCUGCUUACCAGUAGAGUAUCUUCCUUCUAUUCAUAGUUACCAAAAGAGCUUCCCAUACAGCAAUGGAGUAGAUUGAUGAAGUAAAGACUGUGUUUGUUUUGAAAUGUUUACUUUUCUCCUUCUGACUGUGACUCGGUAUAUAUAAUACAUGCUGCCUAUGUAGCCUACCUAAUGCACAACAUGUUUACAUUCUAUUCUGAUGUUUAUUGGUAUCCUUAUACUAAAUGCAACACACACGCACACACACACACACACACAAACCAGCUGCCACAGUCCUGCUAUAACUACAAUUACUACUAUUUCUACUACUAAUAUCAAAAGAAAGAUUGUGACCAUUAUCAUUAUCUAUGUUUAUAAACAUCUGUAUUAUAAUAAUGUAAGUAAAUGCAACUAUAUAUGAAUAUAUAAUAAAACCAUAGAGGAUGUGUGAGAAAGAAAGUGAGAGGCUGAUAAGAGUUUAACAAUGUCUAAUAUAAAGCACAGAAAUCAACAUUGAGUGUACCAAACAUUAGAAACCCCUCCUCCCCCCUCAAUUUGUCGGGGCAUGGACUCUACAAGGUGUCGAAAGUGUUCCACAGGGAUGCUGAACCAUGUUGACUCCAACGCUUCCCACAGU